GACCGCCCUCACACAGCCCUGACCGCCCCUCACGGCCCUGACUUCCCUCACACAAUCUCGAGCACCCUCACAGCUGCCGGGCCGCCCCGCGCAGGCGCCGCCGCCGGCGCUUCCGGCAGCGCUGCCCUGGAUGGCGGAGCCCGGGGCUGGAGGGGCGGCGGAGCCCGGGGAGGGAUGGACGGAGGAGCCGGAGGAGCCCGGGGAUGGAUGGACGGAGGAGCCGUGGGGUAGAGGGACGGCGGAGCGGCGGCGGCUGUGGGUGCCGGGCGGGCGCUGGCUGGCGGCCGUGCUGCCCCUGCUGCUGGCCCCGCUGCCCUGCGCAGGCCAGAGCAGCCUGCCGAGCCCCAACAACGUUCAGGUGCAUGUGGUGAACACCAAUUUCACCCUGAGCUGGGACUACGGGGGGAGUGACCCCAGGGUGACAUUCUCAGCACAGUUCCAGUUGCCGGAGCCGGACCCCACGGGCUGGCAGGAGCUGCCAGGGUGCCAGGCUGUGGCUGGCACAAGCUGUGACUUCUCCUCAGCCAUCUCAGAGUACUAUGAUGUCCACUACGUGCGUGUGAGGGCCCAGGCAGGGCCACUGGUGUCCCCGUGGUCCCAGGACCUGCAGAUGGUGCCAGAAGAAGUUGCUCAGAUUGGUCCACCAGGACUGGAAUUGCAGUCCACAAAUGGAGUUGUAAAAGUUAUGAUUUCUCCUCCAGAAGCAAAUCAGAGGAAAAAAAUGUGGAUCAAUGAUCUGAGUUUUAAAUAUAACCUGGUCUUCUGGGAAAACUCCUCACAUGCUCAGCCCCAGAGCAGAAAGGUUUUCCCUGUUGACACCAUUGAUCACCUUGCCCCAGACAGCACCUAUUGCUUCAAAGUCCAAGCAAAUCUCCCCAGUGAGAGAAAGGAAGGCUUGUUCAGCCCCACCAGCUGUGUGAAAACCACCCAGAAAGUGAACGACCUCCUGUGUGCCACCAACCUGAGUGUCCUGGCUCUGAACAUGAAAUUCCACCUGCUUUGGAGCAGCCAGGGAAAUCAGGAUGUGAACUACACCGUGCAGUACCUGUUUGGCUACGUGAAGAAUCUCCCUGAUGAUUACUCAGACAAGUGGCACAAUGUCCCCAGGUGUGAGAACAUCACCAGCACCUGGUGCAACUUGUCCUCCAUCAUCACCAGCACUGGAUUUUAUUACCUGCGAGUGCAGGCCAGGGGGGGACACAACGAAUCCUGCUUCUCCAAGGAUGUCAAAGUGGAUCCUCUGAAAACAAAUGGAAUUGGCCCUCCUGGUGUAAGGCUGGACCUCAGUGACACUUUGCUCCACAUCAUUAUUUCUCCUCCAGGAGAUGAGGAUGAAGCCAUGAGGGACCAUUAUGACUUGACCUACAGGAUCCUGUACUGGAAGAAUUCCUCAGAUAUGAAGGAGGAGGUGAAGCAGAAGGAGGUGAAGCAGACCAUAGCCACAGUGCCUGAUGUGUCCCCCUCCAGCCUGUACUGUGUCCAGGUGCAGGCCUUCUCCGAGCCCUACAACAAGAGCAGUGCCUACAGCCAGCAGCAAUGCAUCCACACCCCUGCAGGUACAUCUUUAGCUCUGAUGAUUUCUGGGAUUUUCGUGGCUGCCCUGCUGGUUGUCCUGCUGCUGGCCACUUCUCUUAUUUUUGUGUUCUACCAAGCCUACAACAAAAUCAAAUACGUGUUCUUCCCCUCCUGCCAGCCCCCCCUGAACAUCGAGGGAUUUGGAGCACAGCCCUUCAGCAGCCCUUACUUGUCAGCUGCCACAGAGGAAUCAGUGGAAAAUUGCUGUGUGAUUGAAUCCAUGAUCACAGAGGAGGGAAAUCAGAUUGUUUUCACAGACUACAACCAUUCCACACAGAGCAGUCGAGACUCAGGGAAUUAUUCCAAUGAUGAUAACACUUCUGGGAGCAAAGGAUCCAAAGAAACACUGGAAAAGGAAAUCGUGUAACUUUGGGAAAUCAGAAUUCCUUUGUGGGAUUGUCAACUUCACAGACACUUCAAACCUCUUUGUGAUGGGAGUCCCAGCCUGAGGGGACACUGUGACCUUUGGGAUCCUGAGGGGACACUGUGACCUUUGGGAUCCUCAGGGGGACACUGUGACCUUUGGGAUCCUAUGGGGACACUGUGACCUUUGGGAUCCUGAGGGGGUCACUGUGACCUUUGGGAUCCUAUGGGGACACUGUGACCUUUGGGAUCCUGAGGGGACACUGUGACCUUUGGGAUCCUGAGGGGACACUGUGACCUUUGGGAUCCUCAGGGGUCACUGUGACCUUUGGGGUCCUCAGGGGACACUGUGACCUUUGGGAUCCCAUGGGGACACUGUGAUCUUUGGGAUCCUGAGGGGGUCACUGUGACCUUUGGGAUCCUCAGGGGGACACUGUGACCUUUGGGAUCCUCAGGGGGACACUGUGACCUUUGGGAUCCCAUGGGGACACUGUGACCUUUGGGAUCCUGAGGGGGUCACUGUGACCUUUGGGAUCCUAUGGGGACACUGUGACCUUUGGGAUCCUGAGGGGACACUGUGACCUUUGGGAUCCUAUGGGGACACUGUGACCUUUGGGGUCCUCAGGGGACACUGUGACCUUUGGGAUCCCAUGGGGACACUGUGACCUUUGGGAUCCUGAGGGGGUCACUGUGACCUUUGGGAUCCUCAGGGGACACUGUGACCUUUGGGAUCCCAUGGGGACACUGUGACCUUUGGGAUCCUCAGGGGGCACUGUGACCUUUGGGAUCCUAUGGGGGUCACUGUGACCUUUGGGAUCCUCAGGGGGACACUGUGACCUUUGGGAUCCUAUGGGGGACACUGUGACCUUUGGGAUCCCAUGGGGACACUGUGACCUUUGGGAUUGCUGGGUUUGGGUUCCAGAGCUGCCCUUGCUGGGGGAGCUGCUCAGGCCUGGCUGGGAAUGGCCCCAGUGUCCCCACCCCACCCAGGGCUGUCCCUCUGACCAGGAGCAGCUUUGGGCACUUCUGUACUUGAAGCUGUGAGCUGAGCACUCCCUGCCUGCUCCAGCAGAGUUCUGUGUGGGGUCACUCCCACAGUGUUUACACAGCCACAGGAAUCCAUGCUGGACACAAUCCUGUGGGAUUGCCACUGCCAGCCCCUGCCUGGCCCAGCAGGUCCAGAGCUAAAGGUGCCAAGGGAGCAAGAGGAGCAGCAGUGAGGAGGCUGGGGUUCCUCACAGGGUUCCUCACAGGGUUCCUCACAGGGUUCCUCAGGGGAUUCCUCAUGGAAUUCCUCACAGGAUUCUUCAUGGAUGUGUCUGGGAAUGUUCCCAGUGCUUGUUCCAUGUCUCGCUCCCCAUCCCUGGAAUGUCCCAGGCCAGGUUGGAGCAGCCUGGGACAGUGGGAGGUGUCCCUGCCAUGGCAGGGGUGGGUUGGGAUGGACUUUGAGGUCUCUCCAAACUCAUGCUGGAAUUAGCAGGACCCUGGUGAAUUUAGGAGAUGCCUUUAGCAGAGGGCUGAGCUUGGCACUCUGAGCUUUCCCUGUUUUGCCAACAGACUUUUCUUUGGACAAUCAGGAUGUGCUGCAGUAGCAUUUCAGUUUCCAUAUUCCAUGUUUUCCAUGCUGACUCCGCUGUCUUCCAGUGUCCUUUUUUUUUAAAGUCUCUUAUUUUUUUAUGAAGAAACUGCUUUGGAGUCAGCUGGGUUUGAGCAUCCUAUGGACUGCUGUUGUUUGUUCUCUCUUCUCCGGGAACUCUUGGUGUUUAUGUAUCUUUUUUUUUUAACUUUGAAGAUACUACCUAAUUUUAUAAAUUUCCUAUCCCUGUGUUCAUUGAAGAACAUAAUAAAUUUUGCACAUUUGCUUCUUA